AGCAGGGCGCACGUGGUCACCCCACAAGGGGGCCGUUCCGGACAGCUGUUACUGAGCAUGCUCAGUUCACAAGCGCAUGCUCAGUACCAUGAGAGUAGCCCGGGGCAGAGAGGCCCGGCGGUGCACCAGCUCCUGACGCGGGGCGGGGCGCAGGUGGGAGACGUUCCCCGCCUACUCAGAGCGGGCUCAGUCAGGUUGCGGGGCCUCGCACGCCGCACGCAGACAGGUCCGGCAAUGGCGCUAGGCUCGGCCUGGGGGCGGGUGUCGUGGCUCUAUUACCAGUAUCUGCUCGUCACCGCGCUCUACAUGCUGGAGCCCUGGGAGCGGACGGUCUUCAAUUCCAUGCUGAUUUCUAUUGUUGGAAUGGCACUGUACACUGGCUACGUGUUUAUGCCUCAACACAUCAUGGCGAUAUUACACUACUUUGAAAUUGUGCAGUAUUGAAGAAAAUAAGUCCCAGAUGUACUUACUAGUCGAAAAGUAACAAUGAUUCUAGAGUCACCCUGCAAAGAAGAUCCAACCACUUUGUUUUAACAAGACUUCAACAGAUGUCAAAACAGGCAACACACAGCUAUGACUCUGAAAACUAGGAAACUAGAUGUGUAAAGUAGGGACACAACAUACCUCAGUGUUGUGUUCAUUCACUUUAAUUUACAAGAUGCUCUUGUAUAGUAGUUUUGCCUAUUUUAACAUAGUGAUUGUACUUUGAUAUCAGUAUUUUCUUAACUUUGUGACCGUUUCAAUAUUGCACUGUGAAAGCUUUUUGUAAUGUACUUUGAGUAAACUUUGCCUUCUAUAUUUAAUCAAAUCAUUAAAUAGGACUUAAAGGUUUUAUUAUUGUAUAGUAUACAUCUGCCUAAAUAUAUAUUUCUAUUUACACAUUUUCUAAGAAAAUGCCUUUAGAGUGAGUAACAGAGAUUCAUUCAUCUAACAUUGCUUACAAAAGCAGUUUGUAAGCCUCAACUCAGGUGUACUGUCUGCUGUCCAGACUUUGUCCAACAAAGUAUUUGUGCAUAUUACUAUAUUUGGCUUUAGCAACAAAUCUCAAGUAUUCUGUAUUACAGCUGGAAAAAGAGGGAUGGAUGAGACAGUUAACACUUCACUCAUCAUCUUUUGGGAUAAGAUUAUAAAUGUAUUCUUUCCAAAGUUGGAGCAAAAGGACUAAUGGAUUUUCACUCUUUCAUGAACUGCAUCUAGGCCCUCAAGGUUUUGUAAUUUAAUGUUCUAACUUCUAACUAAACUGUACUUGUACAUAAUGCUUGUCGUUCAAGGAUUGUUUCAGUGCAGAUGGAGUUUUUUUCCUAUGUUCAUUGUCAGCGUUGUAAUUGUCUUGUUUUAAACUUCUUCAUUGCAGUUAAUCUUCUAAGCAUAUUUGAACAUAUUCUUGUUAUAAAUGACCAAAACAUAGAAUUCUAAGUGGACUUGAGUUAAAACUACAGCAAUAAGAAGCAGAAUGCUUGGCUGAACUCCUGUCUUUGUUCUUACAGCAUUUUUCAGAUUUGUAUUCUGAAAUGUAAAAUGGCAACCUAACUUUCUAAGGUGGAGGAUAUUUUUUGUUCUUAAAAAAUAAAAACUAAAAGCCAGUUGGAU